ACGUUCAGUACUUCAGGAGAGUGUUAUGGAGAAUGAAGAAGCAAUAUCUAAUAUUACUUCACCGUCGAAUCAACCAUCGAAUCGACCGAUCAUAAACUUGCUUCUUGGAGUAUCACUUCUUUUGAUCUCUUUGUUUUGCGUGAGUACCCUUUUAAGCUAUUGCCUCAACUGGCUCAAGCUUAGGACUCUCCUCAGAUCGUCCCUCGACGAUACAGACGGUAGAGAUGUUCGAAUUGAUGUCACUCAUCAUUUACCAGAGGAAGCUGCUGAUCAUGCAGAG